GUACGCCCUCCUGCUCUCGUUCGUUCGUCUCACUCGUCCGCGCUUCUCCACUCCGUCUAUCGUGCUCUUAUAUAAACCCUUGUUUCCCCUCACUCGUUUCGGUUCCCAUCUCAGAUUUUUUAUUUUUGUUUUCUGAGUCGGCUCUCGCUGCUGCGCGUUCUAUUUCUACACUUCGUUCUCAGGAUUCACCUGUGCAGGGGCUUCUAUUGCACGUCAAAUGUCUGUUGAUCUCAGCAACAAUCAUCAGUGGUUUGUUCAAUGCAAUUUCAGAUUCAUGAAUCGGGGUCGGUUGUGGUGCCCACAAAGAGUAGCAUUUCGACAUUGGACAUGACAGUUUUCUGUGCGAACAUUGUUGUUUGAAUAUGUAUAUUUGAUUAUAGGUGUACAAAUAUUGGGGAAAUUGAUUGACUACUUCAAUAAUACUUUUAUUGGGGCAUUGUGGCAGAAAGGUUUUGGUAAUUGUUAGGAAGAGGUGGUAAAUAACUUGGUUUUCAUUUAGUGGCUUGAAGAGAACAGUACACUAGAAUUCUGAGCAGAAAAUAAAUAAAUACCCCCUUGGGGUGUUUGUGAUGGAAAGAAUGUCCCUUGCACCGGGUUUUCGUUUUCAUCCAACCGAUGUUGAACUGGUUCAGUAUUACCUGAAAAGAAAGCUCAUGGGAAAGAGGCUCCAAAAUGGAGCCAUCGGAGUGAUAGAUCUGUACAAAUUUGAUCCUUGGGACCUUCCAGCAAAAUCAUGCUUGCAGAGCAGAGACCUUGAGUGGUAUUUCUUCUGCCCGAGGGAUCGGAAAUAUUUGAAUGGGUCGAGGGCAAACCGUGCCACUGAAAAUGGGUAUUGGAAAACUACUGGAAAGGAUAGAUCUGUUUGUCAUAGUUCACAGACAGUGGGAAUGAAAAAGACAUUGGUUUUUCACGAAGGGCGGGCAGCUCAAGGACGUAGGACCGAUUGGGUGAUGCACGAGUACAGACUUGAAGAUAAAGAUCUGAUUGCUGCAGGCGUCAAUAAGGAUGCAUAUGUGCUAUGUAAAAUUUUUAAAAAGAGUGGGCCAGGUCCAAAAAAUGGUGAGCAAUAUGGGGCUCCGUACAGAGAGGAGGAUUGGGAUGACGAAGAGAUGAGAAACUCAUUGGCUUUGUACCCUUUUGCUGACCCUGGUUCCUCAUCCCUUGCACAGGGUGAGGAACAUCCUCCCUUGAGAAAGGACAAUGACAUUGUUUCACAUCUAGCAACAUUUGACAGAGAUGAUGGUGCCAUUGUUUCUGAUUCCAAUGAUGGUAAUGAGAAUUUGGAUAAAUCCAAUGUUGAUGAAAGUACUCUUUUGGAUGGUUUUGGUUUUUAUGAUGGCUUGGAAGACCUUGGUUCCCCAUCAGAUCUGAAGACAAAUGGGCUUCAUUUUCCUGGCAGUCAUGAAACUGAAUAUGCUCUGGAUCAGAAGCUUCUGGAAGAUGAUACAUCUUUUCUGGAGUUGAAAGAUCUAGACAACCCAUUGGACUACCCUCUGUUUACUGAGGGGUCCCAGGUUGAAUAUCAAUUGCCUUUGUUUUCGAAGGAUAAAGGUUCUGAAGGUGAUAUAAGCCAUGGAAAUGAGGCUGUCAUGUGUAAUGUUGCUGAUUGUUCAGGUGGAAAAGCAGGAGAGAGAGGAACACUAUAUGUCCAGGAAGCACCGGCAAGAGGUGAACGGCAAAAUGCAUUCCAUUUUCUGCUGGAAUCCAUCCCGGCUCAUCCUGCUUCAGCCGCAGAGUACCCAUCUCCUACCAGUGGAGGGAAGAGGUUUAGGGGCGGUAGUACCUUGUCUCCAUACAGUGGCUCCUCCAUCCAUGAAGAAGCUGAGGUGACUGUUAAGUGUGGGUGCACUAAGGACGCUUUGUUGGACAAACUGGGGGAGUUUCCUUGCACGUGUUGUGGGUACAAUGCGUCAAGGAAGGAGUCUGGGAAGGAGGCGGCUACAUGUGGCAGCGGCGGGUUCUUAUUUGUAUUUUUCUUUGGGGUGGUUUCAGCUCUGAUUUUUGGAUUUUUCUACUUGCAGUAGCUUAGUUUUGCAGGUUUGCAUGGGUAACUGUUUUAUUCCUAGGAACUACCUCUUCCCAUUGUUUAUCCCAUUCAAUACCAUUUAUUUGCUGUAUAUACUUAUUCAACUCUUCCCCUUGUACUGGCUGUCAUAUCACAUAAUUUGGAGAAAGUGGAUAGUUUUGACA